ACAGCCGAGGUGCAGCCAGCGAGCUAUUUGUGGUACUAGUCGAGCGUUACGGGUCAUCCAAACCUCCAAACCGAGUGUUAAUCUCCGGUGGGGUGGUUUGGGUCGCACAGACUUUGGCAUAUCGGACAAAAGCAAACUCGAUCAGUUGCAUAGUGUCUGUCGUGGAGCGUUAAAGUGCUGCUGGACUCUUGCCAUGCUAAUAAUUUUGUUGCUGUUUAAAGUCCUUGCCGUGCUGGGCGAUGGCGUGGGCUGGCCAUGGGGCACCACAUCCCUGCUGGUGGACAUCGUUAGAACUGUGCCAAAGAGCUACAAUGCAACGAUGAGCCAGUGCGAGAAGGAGCUGUUGGCCCUGAGGGAUGCCUGGCGGGAUCGCCAGUACUGGGCGUUGAAGGCUCUGGAUGCCUCGGGUGAGGGCUUCUCAAACAUCAUGCUGGGCCAGAGCAGCUGGCUGGGCAGUCCAGCCACCUGCCGUGCCGUCAAUGAGCCAGUGCUGAAGCAACUAACGCCGCAACAGUCGAAGCUCCUUGAGGAGGUGGCACCCUUUCCCUUUGACUACCAGGUGGCGUACAUCAAAGCCCGAUCACCGUGGCAAAUGUCGGUGAGCAUCAAGGAGGAUCCAUUGCUGCACAUUGGUCUCUGUCUGCCCCGAAGCUGCAGCACGCCCAGAGUCGAGCGGCUGCUGCGGCAGGCACUGGCCACGGGCCACAGCUUCCAGCGCUGGCAGAUGCGUCCACAGUUGGAGUACGCGAAGAAGCCGCAACUACGAUCGGAGUUCUACCGCAGCCGCACACUCCACCUGCUGCUGGCAGUGGCCGCGGGAACGCUGUUGCUCACCGUGCUGGCCAGCAGUGGCUUGGCGGACAGUUCCCGCAUGCUGGCCUGCUUUCAUGUCUCCAGCAACUGGCGGCGCCUGCGUCGGGCGGGGAACCCCAGCCAGGAGAACAGCGUCAUCAAUGGGUUGAGGGUGUGCGCGGCGUUUAUCCUGCUGGGCGUGCAUGUCAUGUGGUACAAGUACUACUCCGUGGACCCGUCGCUGGAGAUACUCGACAAGAUAGUCACACUGACGAUGCAGCACACAUAUGUGCCACUCGUGGUGGAGGUGUUCUUUGUUAUCAGCGGCUACCUCACCGUCACGAACUUCCUGCGGGACGAGCAGCUUCUGCAGAACAUUGCACGGGACAGCCUGGCUGGCAAUGCGCACCGCUACUGCAGGCAGCUUCUGCAUCGCUAUCUGCGACUGGCACCGCUUCAGCUUGUCAUUCUGCUGCUGGCCGCACUCAGCAUGGAGUACCAGCGGCAGGUGUCCGUUUUUCACAUCACCGAUCCGUUGGACGAGCUCUGCCCGCGGCACUGGCACCGCUACUUGCUGUUCAUCCAGAACCUUUUUCCCCUCGUUGAGCUCUGCGGGAACUGGACGUGGUCGCUGGCCUGCGACAUGCAGAUCCAUAUGCUGGCCCUGCUGCUGCUCUUCGCACACGCGCGACACCCGAGGGUGGUGCGCUGGCUGGUUGCACUGCUGAUGGCGGGGAAUUUCGGCUACACGGUUGUCAUGAUGAAUGUCCUCAAUGUGGGUGGCCAUUUCGAGUCGUUCUUCCACACGGCGGAGUGGUUCUACGUGAGUCCCAUUGUCCGCCUGCUGCCCUACAUUGUUGGCGCUGCCUAUGGCUAUUCGCAGGCGCGUGGCUGCGCGACUCCCUUCGAUCAGCUGCUGCCCAAUUGGUGGUCCAAGCUGGGGCUGCUCUGCGUUGCGUUGUGGCUCACGCAUCAGAUUUUGGGCGCGCAUCUCUCCUCGCCCCUGGUAAUCACUAUUUUUAUGAUCCUUUUGCGACUGCUGUUUGCCACAGGCAUCAGCCAUCUCAUCAACUGGGGCGACAGUCCGAAACCGAGUGAACCGCGUGCACCUGCGCCCACGCGCUGGCUGCUUGCCCUGCUGCAGGCCAACUCGAUGCAGCGUGCUAGUCGCUUCACCUACGCCAUUUACCUGCUGAAUCCCAUUGUCAUACUCAACUUUUACUACUCCUUCAGCAGCGGCUUACAGGCAGAUGCCGCCAUGAUUUUCCUUCUAACUGUGGCCCACUCGGUGAUUUGCUACGUUCUGGCCAUUGGACUAACGCUGAUAAUCGAGACUCCAUUCAAUAGGCUGUCCAAUCUGCUGCUGACCACCAUUUUUGGCAAGGAGAAGAGCCUCUAAAUAAAUAAUCAAUUAAUUAAGCUUCACC